AUGGAAAAUAAGAAGAAGCCAUCAGAAGUCGAAACGAACGAAGAUCAUAGCUCUGGUGCUCCAUCGCAAUCGAAUCGUAAGAUGAUGCUUUCGAAACAGAACAGAUUUCAGCCAAUUGGUCCGAACGAAAUCAAAAAAGAAGGCGAUAUCAAGCAAGAGCUAUUGUCUGUCGGAGAAUUGGUCGAGGUCUCAACAUCGAAUUAUCGCAAUGGAAGACAGGUUCCUGGUUUCAACGAGUGCGACGAUGAAUAUGAUUUCGAUGUCUUAAGUUUGGACGAGGCGAAGAUCGAAGAGAAGAAAGAAUCCGACGACAAGGAAAAAGAAGAACCGAAAAGAAAUGCCGACUCUGAAGAAGAAGCUGAAGACGGCCAACAAGAUGAAGUUGAUUUGAUGCUGGCAGAAAAUGACCAAAACGCUUCGGUCCACAACACACCGAAACGAGAUGAUAUUCUCAAAAAUUCACAAAAACAGCAUGAGUGCAAUAUUUGCGGAUAUUCUGCUUCUUAUAAGAGUCUAUUGAAUCGACACAUGCUCAAACACACCGGCGAAAAGCCACACGGAUGUGAUUUAUGUCCAAAGCGCUUCAAGAGCAAGCAACAUCUCCAUAGCCACAUGAAAGUGCAUGUCGAAGAGUUUCUCUUCCAUUGUCCG